CAGUGCUACUGGCUAGUUUCUCAGUUUGUAACUGAUCGUGUUUAAAGCUAACCAAGUAAACUUCAGUAAUGGUGUCGGUUAUUUUACUAGCAGCGUUCGUUUGUAUGGUCAUAUACUACGCGUAUGAAUAUGCAACCCAUAGGCCGAAAAAUUUUCCUCCCGGACCACCGCGUAUUCCGUUUUUCGGGGCGUAUCUAUUUUUCCUCCUCGUCAAUUUUAAGUCGACGCAUUCAGCAGCGCUUCUCUUCAGCAAGUGGUAUAAAUCAAAAAUGCUUGGAUUUUAUUUAGGAAGUUAUCCAACUGUAGUAGUGCAUUCACAUGAAGGAGUGAAAGAAGUCCUUUUACGGCCAGAAUUCGAUGGACGACCUGACUUAUUUGCAGGGCGCCUACGUGAACCAAAUUUUAAUAGAAAAGGAAUUUUCUUUAAUGAUGGACCUAUAUGGAAAGUUCAGCGGCGGUUUAUUCUACGAUAUCUUCGAGACUUUGGAUUCGGUCGUCGUUUCGAUGAACUGGAGAUCUUUGUUAAUGAAGAACUGAUGGAACUUGUGGAUAUUAUGAAGAACGGACCCGAAUAUCCACAUGAACAUCGAUUUUUCCGAAAAAAUCAGGCUUUAUGUCCUUACUUUAUGUCACCUGUCAUGGUGAACGCGUUCCUCAAAAUUUUUUGCAACGAGAAAAUACCGCGAGCAGAUCAGGAAGCUGUAGGAGAUUUGGCGAUGGCUACCGAAGAGUUCCAGCGUAUAGCUGAUGACUAUGGAAGAUUAGUUAGCCUUUUUCCUUGGAUACGACAUUUUUUCCCAAAAACUAGCGGUUUCAAAGAUCUUGCUAGGUCAAAUGCUGUUAUUUAUAAAUUUGUGAAAAACAUCAUCGUUAGACACGAAAAAACCUUCGAACCUGACCAUAUCCGAAACUUCGUUGAUAUGUAUUUGGAGGAACUGCAGCGUGAAGAAGGAAAAGUCGAUACCACUUUUGCCAUCGAUCAGUUCAUUAUGGGCAUUGUGGACUUUAUCUUUCCAGCGAUAUCCGCAAUAUCAACACAGUUAUCAUUCUUGUUCCAGUGGUUCCUACGGAAACCAGAAAUUCUAAAAAAGAUUCAAGCCGAAAUUGACGAAGUUGUUGGAAAUGGACGCCUACCCACCCUUGACGAUCGACAACAUUUACAUUACACUGAAGCCUCGCUUAGAGAAUGUUUAAGGCUGGAAACCUUGGUGCCAUCAAACUUACCGCACAGAGCGAUAGCUGAUACAGAACUUCUAGGAUAUUCUAUCCCUGCCGACACCAUAGUCUAUACCGGUUUGUAUGGAUUCCAUAACGACAAAGACACUUGGGGCGAUCCGGAGGAAUUUCGUCCAGAGAGGUUCUUAGAUUACAGGGGCCAUUUUUCCAAUAAGAAGGAUAUAUCGCUUCCAUUCGGAGCAGGUAAACGGUUAUGCGCUGGCGAAACAUUUGCUAGAAAUAUGCUUUUCCUAACAGCUGGAGCUAUUUGCCAAAAUUUCAAUAUUAUACGUGGCAAAGGAGAGAGUUUACCUGAUCCAAAAGAAACUAUUUGCGGUCUCAUAAGAACGCCUCCAGAUUAUUGGGUUCAUUAUGAAAUCCGCGAGAAUCAUUGAAAAGACAAUGGAGGCUAUAUGUUUUAAUUCCUGAAUUUACACAAUGAAUUAUUGCUAUCAUGACUUAAAUAUAGUAGUAAAUUAAAACUGGUCAUGGCAAUAAUCGAUUCCACCUAUGAAAUUAAAGGUUUUUUCAAACUCGAAUAACAAAGAAGCCUAAAAAAUCUAAAUUUAAUUCAGUAUUACGAAUAGAUUUAGGGACAAAAGAAACUUUUGAUACGUGUAUCGUUUUAUAACAAAUUCAAAAAAAUAUUCCAUAGAAAUAAUUUUCUCUGCUCUUUUAUGAAGUCAAUAAUUCAAUUGUAUGAAUUUUAUUGGAAGUACGAUUCAGUUAUAUUUUUUAAAUAUAUUGUUAUUAAUGUAUGGUUUUCUAUAGGUUGAAAGGAAAGGGUUUUGUAAAUAAUUCUAAGUACGGUUUCUCAGACAAAAAUAUAUACAUAUUCGCAAAAGCAUAGAAAAU